CAAGUCCUAGAGGACGCGUAUUAACCUAAAGUCCUAUCGAUAGAAUAUCGAUAAGAUAGGUGGACAUUGAGGCACUGUGGCAUCGAACCUUAAUUUUUCACUCGUUAAGCUUUUCUGGUGGCUCUUAGUCGAGCUGGAAAAUAAUCUUAUGACAUCUUUAAUGGGACAAAUAUGUUGACAUCGCAAUGGGUGUGCCGUCGUUGUAUCAAGGCACUGGCACAGCCUCGGAAUCGCCAGUUCAUACGGUUAGCUAGUACGGAAUCACAGACAAAUAAUCUACCCUCCGUUCUCCUCCAACGCGCACGGAAUAUAACCGCCGAACAUGACAAGCUCGCAACCGACCUUGCCAAUGACUUCGACUCCAAAAUAGCCAAGCGUGUCGGCGAACUGUCGCGCGUCGCCGAGGCUCUGAAAGAAUGGGAAACCGCCCAAUCCUCUAUAGUAGAGCUUAAUGCUCUCCUACAAUCACAGGAUACCGAAUUGCGUCAGCUAGCCAAAGAUGAAUUAUCCACGACCAAUGCCAAGUUUAAUUCUUUGGCCACUGCUCUAUCCGCUUCUCUUACCCCACGUGACCCCUUCGCUGAUAUGCCUUGCCUGCUUGAGGUGCGCCCAGGGCCCGGCGGUAUGGAAGGUCGGUACUUCGCAGACGCGGUAUUCCGUAUGUACCGGCAGUAUUGCAUGCGCAAGGGCAUGCGUACGAACAUUCUAAAGUACGAGACAGUAGACGGCGGCGAGUCCUUGACCGGUGGUUCGAGUGAGUCUCCGCUUCAAGAGGCGGUGCUCGAGAUUUUGGAUGUAGGCGCAUUCGAUCAGUUCCGCGGAGAGGCGGGGAUGCACCGAGUACAGCGUGUUCCAUCUACAGAGACAAGUGGGCGCACACACACGAGCGCCGUCGCAGUAUGGGUCUUACCAUCGUUCCCCGAGGACGAGAGUGAGAUGCCUAACGAGCAGAGUUUUAACGAUCCCAAUAGCAUCUUUUACGUAGACCCGCGAGAGGUCAAGGAAGAGAAGAUGCGCGCAAGCGGGGCGGGUGGCCAGCACGUCAACAAGACGGAGAGUGCGAUCAGGUUAACGCACGAGCCGACAGGCAUCACGGUGUCGAUGCAGGAUUCGCGGUCACAGCACCGUAACCGGCAGUCGGCGUGGACAUUGCUACGAUCGCGUAUCGGUCAGCGCCGGCGCGAGGAGCGCGAAGAAGAGGCAUGGGCGCUGCGCAAUAGCGUGCUAAGCAAAGACAAUAUCACUCGCGGCAAUAAGAUCCGCACCUACAACUACAGCCAGGAUCGAUGCACGGACCACCGAAGCGGCUUGGACGUACACAACCUACCCGACGUGCUGGAGGGUGGAGAAACACUAGACAAGAUCAUGGAGAGCACGAGAGAGUGGCUGGUAAAGCGAGACAUCGAGGCGCUAAUCGCUGAGGAAGAGGCUGCUGCGGCGCCCACGACUAAGGGAGCGAAGAAGACGAAGAAAUGAGUCUUCUCUCAUCUCGCCUGUAUUAACAGCUUUGUGCUACUUGACUCACGACAUAGACGGUGUAGGUAUGUACAUCUCGCGUGUAAGAGGCUUUUAGAGAGAGCCAACUUCAAUAGAGAAUCAGCUACCAUACUCGAAUUGCCAUGAUACCCAAACCUACCGGCCGUAUCCUUAGAUAAACCGUGAUCUUUUGCUUUUCGCACACAAACCUACCAGACUAAUUCCCAGUGAGCCGGUUCAAGCCGGCACCUCCCCAAUGGGACGUUCUUUCGUCAUUUCAAUAUCUUUUGUGGCCUUUGUGACCGGGGACGUACGGAUCGAUCUCGUAUCUACGCUUUAACCUCUCUAACGAG